ACCUACAGUGCAGUACUCUAGGGAUUCCAGGACAGCCCUGGAUCCCCAACUCCCCUAGGAUGCGGACGUCCAGAAUCUCACAAGAGACGUCCAAGCUCGUGGCCGCGAGCACCCCAGCCGUCGGCCGCCGCACUCGCUCCUCGCUCGCACGGUUCGCGCACGACGAGAGCUCAACCCCGGAUAUCGAGGAUGCCAUUGCUCCGCCGUCGCGAAAGCGGAAGCGCGCGGGCACGCCGCGAGAGCCCGUGAAACGGUCGCCUUCUCCUCGAGCAAGCAGCACGGUGAUAAAGCAGGAGACGGAGGUUGUCGAGGCCGGUGUCGCGGUGGGCAAGGAGCGGCGGGUGAGGCGGGCGGCGCGGCAGGUGAAGGACGAGGAGACGGGGGCGCUGGAGAUGCAGGCGCCGAGCGACUGGGAGGAGAUGUACGCCGUGGUGAAGGGGAUGCGGACUGAGGGGCCGGCGCGUAAUGCGGCGGUGGAUACGAUGGGGUGCGAGAGGUUGGCGGAGAAGGGCGUCAGUCCGCGGGUCAGAAGGUAUCAGACGCUGACGGCGCUGAUGCUGUCUUCGCAGACGAAGGACACGACGAACGCAGUGGCCAUGGCGCGGCUAUGCAAAGAGCUGCCGCCGCACAAGGAGGGCGCGCCGGCGGGGCUGAACCUGGAGAACGUGCUGGCGGUGGAUCCGAAGCUGUUGAAUGAGCUGAUCUGGGUGGUCGGCUUUCACAACAACAAGACGAAGUAUAUCAAGGCGGCGGCGGAGAUCCUGAGGGAUAAGUGGAAUGGGGAUAUCCCCGAUACGAUCGAGGGCUUGACGUCCCUGCCAGGUGUCGGGCCUAAGAUGGCAUAUCUCUGUCUCAGCAGCGCCUGGGGCCGGACCGAGGGCAUCGGUGUCGAUGUGCAUGUCCACCGCAUCACGAAUCUCUGGGGUUGGCACAAGACCAAGAACCCAGAGGAGACACGGCUGGCUCUGCAGGCAUGGCUUCCGCGAGAGCUUUGGCACGAGAUCAACUGGUUGCUCGUUGGCUUUGGGCAGACUGUCUGCCUUCCUGUUGGACGCAAGUGCGGGGAGUGCGACCUGGGUCUGAAGGGCCUAUGCAGAGCUGCUGAGAGAGCAAAGGUUAAUAUUGGCAGGAAGGCUCGAGAAGAGCUGAUCAAGAAGGACGAAGACGGCGAUAUCGUCGAGAAGGUAGAAAAUAUCAAGGUCGAGCAGAUCACCGAGGAACUGCCGUCCUUGCCGAUGCUUAAGCAGGAAUGAUAUUUCUGCACUGUAAUAGCGUGCAAUCCUGGAGGAUGCCCACAGAAUAUCCAGGCCUCGGGCGUGUAUUAUAUUUAUAAAGCCUAGCAGUGAAAGGUCUUCGAUGUUACAACAUCUGUCUAGACUGGGUGUUUAGAAUCAAUUUAAUAGUUGCAAGCAAG